CAACCCACCAAGCAGCGCCACCCCCCCAAGCAGUGGUCGAUGUACCGCGCCCUGCACGGGCGAGCGCAAUCGCUCCUCGCGGACGCGGGCCUGGGCCACUUCACCUUCCAUCCGCAUGACAUCAACAUCGGCAAGGCCCGGGACUACGACACGACGAUCAUGGGCCGAUUCGUCUGCCACAACCCCACCUGCCAGAGCGGUGGGUGGUCGAGCAAGGCCAUCGCCAUCAGGAUCCGCAUGUGGCGCGACGGCAAGUACAACGCGCGGGUCUACCACCAGCGCUGUCGGGGCUGCAAUGCCCUCAUCCGCCCGGUCGUCAACGCAUCCUCCUACGCCGAGCGCAUCGCCUACCGGCUCAAGAAAUGGAAUGGCAUCCAGAUGACCCCGCCCGCUUAUGGGCGCGCGGCCAAGGCCCCCCAUGAGAAGGAGCUGGGCGAGAGCAGCAAGGUAGAUCACCGCGUUGUGGGCGAGCGCUCCCGCGGUGGGAAUGGGGAUGUCGAGGAGUUGUGUACGUCCAUUGCGGCGUUGUGA